AUGUUGUAUCAGCUUAGCAUCGUUCUCCUCUGUGUCGUGGGCGCCUGGUCUGCCUUGCCGGGCAACCUGAAGCCAUGCAAAAUGGGAUCCAACGAUUACGGCGACUGCCUUAAGACGGAGAUCACAAAUGCAAUCAAGUUCUUCAAAUCAGGUAACAAGAAGAUGGGCGUUCACCCGAUCGAACCUUUCCGGUUCGUUACGAUGUCCGUCAACCAAGGAACUGGCCCGGUCACCAUCAAGCUCGACCUCAAGAACUUCGACAUGAAGGGACUGUCCAACAUAGAGAUCCAGGAGGUCAAGAACGAUUGGAAGACCAUGGAGAUCAAGGCUCACCUGAAGGAGCUGGAUUGUGAAGGAGAGUACGCUAUCCAGGGGAAGGUGUUGAUGCUGCCAAUCUCGGGGACCGGCAAGUGUUCCAUCAAAGCCAAGGAACUGGACCUCCUGGCGGUACUGAAGAUGAGCGAAGUCACUAAAGGUGGUAAGACUUACAUGCAAGUGGAUGGCUUCGACGUAGACAUCAAUCCAAAGCGUGCCAUCUUCGACUUCCAGAACCUCUUCAACGGCGACAAAGCCCUAGGAGACAACAUGAAUCUCUUCUUGAACGAGAACCACGAGGAAAUAGUGAGGGAGUUGAAGCCAGCGAUAUCGAAGGGGAUGUCCGCUGGAUUCACCCACCUCGCCAACCAGGUCCUGUCCAGGAUCAACGCCAAGGACAUUAAAUAA